UUGGCUUUCUACGGCCGCCUUUCAUUCUAGCCUGAGCGCUAACCCACAUACAGGCUUUCUACGGCCGCCUUUCAUUCUAGCCUGAGCGCUAACCCUCAUACAGGCUUUCUACGGCCGCCUUUCAUUCUAGCCUGAGCGCUAUCCCUCAUACAGGCUUUCUACUACCACCAUAUUACACAGUAAUACCAGUUCAUCUCUGACACACAGGACAUCUAAAGUUCUAUUUCAACACAAUAGAAAUGAAUGUUUUUCAGCCCCUGUAUUUAUCAUCAUAUUACGUAAGUGUUUCAGCCUGCCCAUGGCCAGAAAAGAGGAACCCGUCAGGGCUGUAUAUAAAUCAAUCGGUCUCUUGAGUUGGACUACCAAGGGCAUUUCUACACGUAACACAGUACUGCUCCAGAGAACUGAAGUCAUUGAACUCCAUACAUCAUGGAGGCUGUCUCCAGCGGUCCACACCCAGCCUCAGGAUUCCUAUCAUCUUUUAAAAGAAGACUCUCUUCCAUCUUGAAGUUCCAAUGGGGUGUAUAUUCCAAACCUUCCCCGGCGAACACGCUAGAGGUCUUCAACCUCUUCUGUUUCUGUCUCAUCAUCGGCGCAGCGAUAGGAGGUCUUCUACACGUGUGGAUGGUCUACAAUCUGAACUACCAACCCUUUCCGUCAAUGGUGGUGUCCAGUACCUGGGGCUGUAUAAUAGUCCUGCUGCUGCUCCUCUUACACCCCGUCCGCUGCGUCCUCUCUAUCUCAGUGCCCUCCCUGGGAACCAAACAGGGCAGGAAGAUCCUCAUUCCCACCGCCCUGGUUAUCGUGGUGACCAGCUGCAUCCCAACAUGACCAGGAACUUGAGCCGCUCUGUUGACAUGAUCAAAGUGCUCCUC